GGCGGGUGCUGCAGAUGGUCGUCAAACAGCCAUAGGGUCAUGAAACGCCGACGACGUCGCGUCGUCAGACACUGAAGGAGGGGGAGCCAACAACGGAGGUGGUCGUCUUGGGUGCGGUCCAACGACCGGCUGUCGGUGGCUUGGUUGCAGCUGCAGGCGGCGGUGGUGCUGUGGCCGCCACAACAGCGGGUACUACAGCAACUGUCGACAAGAAAGAAGAUGAUGACGACUAGGAGCCACUGGCGAGCAGGGUGCGGAGAGGGAAUGUGGCAAAUGUUUUGGCGGACCAGGCAAGGUUUGUGGGUUGACGACAACCGCUUCUGGAACGAGACGGAAGGCAGUCGACUAUACAAGAUUGUCAACAACACGUGCAACUAUUUGUUGUGCAUCAUCAGAGGUGUGCAUCCUCCCUUACUCCCGCGCAAGAUCAUCCUUCCACAUUCUUCCAUCGCACAGGUUACAAUAACGGACGAAUCACAGUUGCACGAAGCAAAGGAGAGGUCGUCGAAGGUGCAAAGGGUCAUCCUACACGUCAUCCACGAGUGGAUCUUCAAGUCUAACAGCACGCCACGAGGAUACACUGCCGCGUAUGGGUACCUGCUGCAACACGUGGCGACGGACAUCCCACGCGCGAUGUGGUUCGCAGAGGAAUGGAGUGUGUGUGUGAGUUCGGCUUUUUGCCACUUCACACUGGAAUUGGACAUACAACUCCCUUUGUGGUUCGUCGGCUUGCACAUCGAAGACAGACCUGAUGACGACGAACUCGCGACGUAUCAAGAGGCGAUGUUGCAACGCCUUGUGUCAGCUUUCAUGAGCGUGGUGGGUGCGGCGAAGCUUCAAGACGGUGGCCGCGUGUCAAACGAGAGGUUGAAGAAUGUGGCAGAGGGGAUGAUGGAUUUUAUGGUCGUCGUCAUGUGGUUGAUGCGCAUGUUGGAAGAUGAUCUCCGUUCAUACUACGAGGCGUCCUUCUUCCUUCAACUGGUGGCGAAGCCGACCCAGCUGGCUUCAAUGCAUCGCUCCUUCGACGCGCGUCAACACAUCAAGCAAGCAGCGAACAUCGUCGCGGAGCGGCUGGGCAAGCCCCUCAUCACUUUGGUUAUACAUCCCGGACUGGGCGUCAUGCGGUGUGAAAUUCACACACGACGCAAGCCUGCCAUCGCCCGACGAUGCAAAACGUUUAGAUUGAACAUGACGACGAUGACGACAACGAGCAGCAGAAAGCACAAGGAGGUGCGCCGCCCGUCAUUGGCGGAACAGACGCGUUGCGACGGGGAAGCCAGCGGUAGACUGGGAACGAUGUUUGUUUAGAUUGUUGGUCGUUUUCUGAUUCUUAUUCCUGUCUCUUAUACACAUCU